AUGAGCGCUACUCUGGUUGGGUCGACGUUUGCUAAGCGGUUUUUGAGUUUUUGUUUUGAGAAGGUUGGGCUGACGGAGUGGACUAGGAGGAAGCUUGUUGCAGUCGAUAAGUUUGGGAGAUGUUCGCUGGUGAGGGAGGAAUGCAUCAACGGCGGCUCUUCAAAGUUCCGUGGUAGUCGUUAUUCGUUUGUUAAGGUUUUUCGUGACGACUGA